CAAAUUAUGCAUAUAAACUACAAACAUUAUUUCAUCCAAGCCCUCUUGUCUCAACAAAUUAAUAAUAAUUAAUCACACCCUUCGAUCUUCGAGUCAUCUAAUAAUAAAUCUUUUGUUUCCCAUCAACACUAGUUCAUGCAAAUUAAUGGGUAUCCCUCACUUUCUUUGUAUACCAUUUCCAGUUCAAGGACAUGUGAACCCUCUUAUGCAAUUUUCUCUGCUUUUGGUUAAACAUGGUUGCAAGGUCACUUUUGUACACACUGAGUUCAGCCUCAAACGAACAAAGACUUCUGGUGCUGACAACCUCGAGCAUUCACAAGUAAAGUUGGUGACUCUUCCUGAUGGUUUGGAGGCUGAAGAUGACAGAAGUGAUGUGACAAAACUUCUUUUGUCUAUCAAAAGCAACAUGCCUGCUUUGCUUCCAAAGCUCAUAGAAGAUAUCAAUGCCUUGGAUGCUGACAAUAAGAUCACCUGUAUUAUUGUUACAUUUAAUAUGGGUUGGCCUUUGGAAGUUGGCCACAAACUGGGAAUCAAAGGAGCUCUUCUCUGUCCAGCAUCUGCAACUUCCUUGGCUUCUGCUGCUUGCAUCCCAAAGCUGAUUCAUGAUGGCAUUAUUGAUUCUCAAGGACUUCCCACCAAAACACAAGAAAUUCAACUCUCUCCAAACAUGCCUCUGAUAGACACAGAAAACUUUCCAUGGCGUGGCUUUAAUAAGAUCUUCUUUGACCAUCUUGUGCAAGAGAUGAAAACUUUGGAGUUAGGAGAGUGGUGGCUUUGCAACACUACUUAUGAUCUUGAGCCUGGAGCAUUUUCCGUAUCACCAAAGUUCCUACCCAUUGGCCCAUUGAUGGAAAGUGACAACAGCAAAAGUGCAUUUUGGGAAGAAGAUACAACUUGCUUAGAGUGGUUAGAUCAACAACCACCUCAAUCUGUCAUAUAUGUUUCCUUUGGCAGUUUGGCAGUAAUGGAUCCAAACCAAUUUAAAGAAUUAGCUCUUGCACUUGAUCUCCUUGACAAGCCUUUCAUUUGGGUUGUACGUCCAUGUAAUGACAACAAGGAAAAUGUUAAUGCAUACGCACAUGAUUUCCAUGGAAGCAAAGGUAAAAUAGUUGGUUGGGCACCCCAGAAGAAGAUAUUGAACCACCCUGCAUUGGCUAGCUUCAUUAGUCACUGUGGUUGGAAUUCUACCCUAGAAGGUAUAUGUGCCGGUGUACCUUUCUUGUGUUGGCCAUGCGCCACUGAUCAAUAUCUUGACAAGUCAUAUAUAUGUGAUGUGUGGAAGAUUGGGCUUGGACUAGACAAGGAUGAAAAUGGAAUAAUUUCUAGGGAAGAGAUAAGGAAGAAGGUGGAUCAACUGCUUGUUGAUGAAGACAUCAAAGCUAGGUCAUUGAAAUUGAAAGACAUGACCAUAAAUAACAUACUAGAAGGUGGUCAGUCAUCAAAGAAUCUCAACUUCUUUAUGGAUUGGGCGAAGUAAUUAUGCUUAAUUUGGUUCUAUAUUGAAAAGUCAUGUGUAAUUUCUACAUGUAAGAAUUUAAUUUCUAUGUAGAUCUUAAUGUAAUCUAUUUAAAAAUUAAUAAGCUUUAUUAUAUGCAAUGAUUUUUAGUUUUAUGAAA